AUGGCAACACAAUAAACACAAAUAAAAAAAAAGCGAAGCGAAAUUGAUUGAUUUGCCGUUGUUUUCUCAUCAAAAAAUAAAACAAAAUAUUUCCUUCAACACUUUAGCUACAAAAAAUCCUUUAAAAUGUCGAAGGCACAUCCCCCAGAAUUGAAAAAGUUCAUGGACAAGAAAUUGUCGAUAAAGCUAAACGCCGGUCGUAUGGUGACAGGGGUCUUACGCGGGUUUGACCCUUUUAUGAACCUCGUACUUGACGAAUCUGUGGAAGAAUGCAAGGACGGUCAGCGCAAUAACAUUGGCAUGGUGGUAAUCCGAGGCAAUAGUAUUAUCAUGCUGGAAUCCCUAGAUAGAAUAUAGCCAUUUCCAUUAAUUACCGAUAAGUUUAAAUUUAAGUUAAAAUACUGUGAAAUCCUUGUUUAAAAAGAGUAAUUAAGUCAAAACACUCCUUAGUGGAAGAACUUAUUAACUAAUUUUGUAUUGAGAUACCUACUUAGUAAGUGGAGUGACCAAAAACAUUGUAAAAUAUAAGUUACAACUUUUUGAUGUGGAAAUCUUGCUGUGAACCAUGAUGUUAUAUGAUUUCAUAUGAAUAAACAAUUUUCUUAACA